AACAGUCGAGUACAUACCAUAGACGUAUAAUAGAAUUCUAUUAUACGUCUAUGGUACAUACUGCUCGUUACCAGGGACGUUUCAAUAGUCGGUUAUUGACAACGUUGUUAUCUAUUACUAAUUCAAAAACCAUUUUUCCGUACAAGCUUUUUAAGAAAUUUUCAUUUUUUAUAUUUCACUACGCCGUCGUAGGGCUAGCUGGGUGACAUUAAUGGUUGACGUUGUCAUUUCCGAUGCCAAGAAGUCCUGUGGUCCCGUCUAAAGUCUUCGAAUUUGCGUGUUCUAAUUAUUUGUUCGAACAAUUCGCCAACUUUUCGUCUGUCCGUCGCUGGAAGUCUGUCAACGAUCGCCGCAUGACAGCAAAAUAAGAUUGUGUAGCAUUUUAUAAUUGUUGAGUUUGCAAACACUCAUAGUUGAUCUAGUCGUUUGCAAGAAACUGAGCUAAUUAUAUUAUUAGGCUUACUAACCAGCAGCCUUAUCGGUCAUAGCUAUACAUAUUAUCAUGAAAUACAUACAAUUUCUUUAGCAAUGGUUGUCAUUAUUGAAAUCAAUCUUUGUAUGGUGAUUAAUAUAUUCAAAUUAUGAACCAUAUUUUUAUGAAAUACUUAAUCAAGUUACACGAGUAUAGGUGUAUCAAGAGAAAGAUGUCUUCAUUUAAAAUACAUCUAUGGGAAAAUACUAUGUUCGUUAACUCUGGGCCUAAGUCAGAUGGAACUGGACUACAAUUUAAUAUAUCAUUGAUGUUGUCUAUAAAACCACCGUCCAAGCCAAGAAAAAUAAAUAUGUGUCGAAAACCCCAGGAUACUAUAGAUAUGUUUUUGGAACGAAUAAAAUUAAAAUUAUCUUCAGAUUACGUACUUAAAACUCAGAAUAUUGGAAAAACAGAGAUUGAAUUACAAAAGGAUGGAAUUAGAGUAUGCGAUGAUGCUACCCUGAGUGAUAUAUUUGAAAAUAAUAAUUCAACAACUUGUCUUCUAAUUAGGGACAUGUAUAUAAACGUAGUUUAUAACGCACCAAUAUUAAACAACAUAAAACUUAAUAAGCCUUCAUAUGAAAAAUUAAUGUUAUAUCCAUAUGGAUUUGAUAAUGGGUUUAAUGUGUCAAGUACUCAUAUUAAUUACUUAUGGUAUAGAAUCACGCCAAAAAAACAGGAAAUAGAAGUGGGUUGCCAAAUGGCUUAUACACCUACUGCAGAAGAUAUAGAUUGUUGUUUAAAAUUGGUAUGUAAACCUUAUAAUGAAAAAGGUUCACCUGGACCUACUGCAGAAAUUUUAUCUUCAAAAGUUCUAAAAAAUACCAUUGACAUCUACCCACAUGAAAAUAGACUAAAAGAAAGAGAUUAUAAUCAAAGUAUUCGAGUUAUUUCAUAUAAUAUACUAGCUGGAGGAUAUACAAAAACAAAGGAAGCAGAAUUAGACAUGUAUCCAUAUUGUUCCAAAGAAGUUUUGGCCUCUGGUUAUCGGAAUCCUCUUGUUUUAAAAGAACUAAUAGCAUACAAAGCAGAUAUAAUUUGUUUACAAGAAGUGGAAUCCUCUUUUUUUAAUAGUGAAUUACAGCCUCUAUUAAAACUAUACAUGAAUAUGAAUGGAGUAUUUUUGAGAAAGAAUAAUCAUAGACGUGAAGGCUUAAGUUGCUUUUAUUCUAUUGAUAAAUUUACUUUAUUAAAUCAAUUUGACAUCAAACUAAAUGACUUAACUACUGUGGAAAGUUAUUGUGGAUCUAUUGUAAAUGACAUUAUAGAUGAUGAAUUUUGGAAAAUUGGUCUGAAAAAGACAACUGUUUUUCAAGUUUUAGUUUUAGAAUUAAAGUGUGAUACAAAACAUUUACUUUUAAUAUGUAAUACUCACUUAAUUAGUGAUCCAGAAGGAGAUUCUACAAGACUGAUGCAAUCUUUAAUUGAAUUAACUAUUAUAAAUCAAAUUAAAAAAAAAUUAGACAUAGAUUAUCCAGAACGCAAUAAAUCUAUUAUAUUUUGUGGAGAUUUUAAUAGUACUCCUGAAAGUGGAGUUUAUGAUUUGGCAACCAAUUUAUUAUUACCAGAAAAACAUAGAAAUGAUAACUUAUUGAACAAUUUAAAAAAUGUUCUUGAUUUUAAAUUGGAAAGUGCAUAUGGCAUAGAUGUUGAGUAUAGUAACUAUACACAAAGUUUCUUUGGUCUUCUAGAUUAUAUAUAUUUUACUAAUCAGCAUCUAGAAGUAAUUCAGACAUUACCUAUGCCUCCACAUGAUGUUGUUACCAAACAUGUUGGUCUUCCAAGCUUAUUAUUUCCUUCAGAUCAUUUAGCUUUGAUUGCAGAUUUAAAACUUAAAUAAAAUUUACAAAUAUAGUAUUUA